AAGAGGGGCCGGCGGCUUGAUGGCGGAAAGCAAACGAGCUGGAUCUGUUUCAUCCGUUCCUUUCCUCGUGGCCUGAGCUGCCUGUCACUACCUACUCUGCACCGUCUUGCUAAAUAUUCAUCUUCCCUUACCUCCCCUCCCCCAUCUUCGAUCUCGUCUGCCUUGGAAGCACCGGUCUUCGCUAUGUCUUCGCUCCCCCCGGUUUACAUCGUCUCCUCCGCCCGCACUCCAGUGGGCUCAUUCCUGGGUGCUCUGUCGAGUCAGACCGCCCCGCAGCUGGGCUCCCAUGCGAUUAAAUCUGCCCUCAACAAAGCCGAUGGAAUCAAGCCUUCUGAUGUGCAGGAGGUCUUCUUCGGCAAUGUAAUUUCUGCCAAUGUCGGGCAGAAUCCCGCCAGACAAUGCGCUCUUGGUGCUGGACUCGAUGAGUCAACUGUGUGCACUACUGUCAACAAGGUUUGCGCCUCUGGUUUGAAGGCCAUCAUUCUCGGUGCCCAAACCAUCAUGACUGGGAAUGCAGACAUCGUUGUGGCCGGUGGUACCGAGUCCAUGUCCAAUGCCCCGCAUUACCUCCCGAACCUCCGUGCUGGCGCAAAAUAUGGCCACCAGAGCCUGGUGGAUGGAAUUAUGAAAGAUGGCCUGACGGAUGCAGGCAAGCAGGAGCUUAUGGGUUUACAAGCAGAGGAGUGUGCCCAAGACCACGGAUUCACUCGGGAGCAGCAGGACGAUUAUGCUAUUCGGACUUACCAAAAGGCCCAGGCUGCUCAGAAGGCAGGCCUUUUCGACGAGGAGAUCGCGCCCAUUGAACUUCCCGGCUUCAGGGGUAAGCCGGGCGUCACCGUCGCUCAAGAUGAGGAGCCCAAGAAUCUUAACCCUGAUAAGCUUCGAAGCAUCAAGCCCGCCUUUAUUCCUGGCUCUGGAACCGUGACGGCCCCCAAUUCCUCACCUCUCAAUGAUGGUGCUGCAGCUGUUGUCCUGGUCUCGGAGGCUAAAGUGAAAGAAUUGAACCUCAAACCUAUCGCAAAGAUUCUCGGAUGGGGGGAUGCCGCGCACCAGCCCAGCAAGUUCACUACCGCCCCUGCGCUAGCGAUCCCGAAAGCCCUCAAGCAUGCCGGUGUUGCGCAGGACUCGGUUGAUGCAUUCGAGAUCAACGAGGCUUUUAGCGUCGUUGCCCUUGCCAAUAUGAAACUACUCAACAUCCCCGAAGAGAAAGUCAACUUGCACGGGGGUGCCGUGGCCAUUGGUCACCCGAUUGGUGCUAGCGGCGCUCGAAUUCUGACGACGUUGAUCGGAGUUCUCAAAGCCAGGAAGGGCAAGAUCGGCUGUGUCGGUAUCUGCAAUGGUGGUGGUGGUGCAAGUGCCAUGGUGGUGGAGUCCCUUCUGUAGAUUCUGACAUCUUGUACCAGCGACGGAGGUUGCCGUCAAGAUUUGUCAGGAUAGGUUAUGAUAUUACGGUCCUUAAGGGUUAAAUUGCGGCAGUAUAUUCUAGCCUAGGCCAGAUUGUCACUCUGGCUCAGAUGGAACGCAAUUUAAUGCCCAAGUGGUAGCGGUCGUCCAUGGCAUUUGCUUUUACAAUAUGUACGAACAGCACAGAUAACUCAUCAUACAGUCGGACAGUCUGUCAUCUGGUCCUAAAAAGUCGGAUAUAGGAAAUUGGCCCCUGGCUGAAUGAUGAACAGUUGUCUUGAAUUCCCUCAUCUUCUGGAUAGCUAGUUAUAGCAUUGAAUAUGAGUCAGCACUCGUGUUGUGUUUGGCAUCAACUGUUACUAGGCU